GCAGGGCCUUAAGGCCUUAUCAUCAGUAACUGAGGCCGAGCAGCAAGCUCUCCAUAGCGGAGUAUAUGAGCUUCCAUGUCUGCCGAACCCGCGCAUUGACACGAACCCACCUCCGCGAUUCAGUUGGCUACGGCAUAGUAGGAAUCGAAGGCAUCACAGGACUCACUCCAUUGCAGUCUUCCGCAUACCAUGAAACGCAGCGCAGCCAUACCAGACUUCAUCUAUGAGUUCCCCGCGUACUGGACGAUCCCUGUAUAUGAGGACACCCUGGGGAUGGGCGGCGUCUUCGCGCCCCCUCAUCCCUUCCUGCCGCUGAAGACCACGUACCAUUCAAGUCCUGGCCCCCGCUCACCACCUUCGCGACCACGACCGCGGCGCUCGCAUACGAUGAACGUCCCACCAAGCACCCACCCCGAACAUCCGCCCUGGGCGCACGUCGCACAGACAUACGCCUGGGUGCUCGAUCAGAGCUUCGCGGAGAUGGCGCGCAAGAACGAGGAGACCGUCCGCUGGAUCAUGGAGCAGCAGCGCCGCGACGUGCUCCGCGCGGUGGAAGCUACGCGCGAAGCCAUGGCGUUCGUACACAGCGUCGCUGCGGGUGAGAUCUGGACAGCACCGGUAGACGCGAGGUGGAGACGCGAGGCGGAGGACUCCGUACAAGAGGAGCUGAGACGCCUCCAGCAGGCACGGCAGAACACGGAACGAUGCCGGAAGUCGUACGAAAGGCGGAAGGCUGAGGAGGCGGACAUGGAGAGGAGACGCGGCGAGUCUCGUUGGGCAUUAAUCGCAGGUCCAUCGUCGCCGAAGAAACGUACGGAGCCGCUGACAUUCCGGUCGAUCCCAUGGCCCAUGUUCGUACAACCGGAGACCGUGGAGGACAUAACUCCAGCACGCAUAACGUUGUUUGUACUGUCACCCUCCCAUUCAGAGGGUCAGUCACGAAAGGAGAGGAUCAAGGCAGCGCUGAGACGAUGGCAUCCCGAUCGAUUCGGGCGAUGGAUUGCGCGGGUAGACGAGUGCGACAGACGGAAGGUGGAGGAGGGCGCUGGCAUUGUCGUCCGUUGUUUGAACGACCUGCUGGAGAGGGACGAUGACCAGGUCUAGGCGACUUUGACGUUUCGCUGCGAGCUUUUCUUGAUGUAAAAAGUUAUGGCCACCUCGGUAGCGUCAGGCACGCAAGGUUCUAUGUCAUUGAGAUGCCACUGAACUCAGAACUCGGCGCUCAGUGCAGCCAAGUGAGUCCUUUUCAGCAGGAAUGUCACCAGCAAUUAUGUCCAAACAAAGCCUCCAUUUUGUUUUGACUACAUUGGAGACAGUGUUUAAGUGGACACGGUGGUCAAGA